UCGAUUUGCCGGUGAGGGAGAAAUCGACCGCACACACUUUCCCCUCACUAGUCGACGCGUGCUACGAGCAACUUCAACUUUUUAAAUUUUAAAAUUCGAAUUUAGAGUCCACGCCGUUGUCUAUUUAAAAAAAUAUAUGGUGUUUCUAUAAAAUGCUUCUGAGUGUGGUAAAUAAAAUUUUAUAUUGUUAAAAAAAUGAUCGUAAUUAUUAUAAAAAUGUAUUUAGUUAAAUAAUUGUGAUAUCGUGGUAAAAAGUGCAUGAUGUGAAAUAAAAAGAAAAAAAUUGUGAUCGGAUUCUUCAUGAGGCCGUAGCAAGAUGAAGCCUUUCAUUAAACAGGCGUUCGUGGUGUCAGGCGCGGCGCUAAACAUCGUGGGGCACGGCUGCGCACACGGCUACCCCGCGGUGCUGUUCGCGCAGAUCCUCAGCGACGGCGGACCCGUCACCCUGACCGACCACGACACCUCCUGGAUAGCGUCAGCGGUAGGUGUGAUGGGAAUCGUCGGCAACUUCAUAUCACCAGUUCUCAUGACGCGUUUCGGCAGACAGAAGUCCCACCUCAUCUGCACCAUUCCAGCCCUGCUCGGCUGGAUUGUCUUCGUCCUCGGAAACUCAGUACCUCUAUUUCUACUAGCCAGAUUCUUACACGGCCUCGCAUUGGGAUUACGUACUCCUUUAGCUGCCAUCUUGGUAGCAGAAUAUACUGAACCAAAAUACAGAGGAGCAUUUUUAGGAACAUUCGCUAUAUCAUUAGGCUUAGGUAUAAUGCUGUCUCAUGUCUGGGGAGCAUAUAUGUCGUGGAAAAUGACAGCUGUUGUGUGUUCUUUUUUCCCAUUAAUAUCGAUGGUAAUAAUAAGUUUGUCCCCUGAAUCGGCUAGCUGGUUAAUUUCGAAAGGAAGAUUCGAAGAUGCCAAGAAGGCUUUUAGAUGGGUCCGCGGUGAAGGAGUUGCUCAGUCAGAAGAAUUGGAUUCAAUGAUCAGGGCACAGGAGAGAGAGAUUCAGAUAGAAGAAUUGAGAAAGAACAGACAAGUGAACAGGGGAUUUAAGAUUAACAGACUAUUCAAAUCAAUAACGGAUGCAGUUAAAACUAUAAUGAGGAUAUUUAAAAAGAAAGAGUUCUAUAAGCCUUUAAUAAUAGCUAUUUGCAUGUUAAUAGUUUUUGAAUUCGGUGGUGCGCAUAUGGUACCAGCGUAUGGUAACCUAAUUUUGCAGGCAGUAUUGGAUAAAAGCGAGGCUAAAGAUGUAGCUUGGCAGUUUACAGUUAUAGACUUAUUGAGAACACUUUGCGCGUUAUUUGCUAUAUUUUUACUCAAAAAUGUUAAACGGAGAACUAUAUUAUUUAGCAGUGGAGUUAUGACUGUGUUGUCUUUAGCUUUGAUAUCUGUUUUCAUAUAUUUGAGGAAAGCUGAAAUUAUAACACAAUCUUGGUUAUUAGAUACUGUACCGAUGACAUUUAUGAUUUUAUACACUUUAUCUUUCUGUUUAGGUUUAGUUCCUUUGAAUUGGGUAAUUUGUGGUGAAGUAUUCCCAUUGACUUAUAGAAGUUUAGGCUCAACGUUAUCUACUUCAUUUUUAACGCCAGCGUUUGUCGUGUCUAUGAAAACAGCGCCGCAUUUCUAUUCAUCGAUCGGUGUGGAAGGUGCUUUCCUAGUCUAUUCCGCUACGUUGACUGUAUGUCUGUUGGUGAUGUAUGUUAUGCUGCCAGAGACUAAAGACCGCACUCUCCAAGAUAUAGAGGACAGUUUCAAAGGGAGGAAAAAAUAUGAUGUUGAAGUACAACUAAGUUUAAUGGAAGAUAAAAGUAAUCUUGUUAGUAAGUAAGAAACAAUUAAUUGUAAUAUAUUUAGAGUGAGACUCUGCGAGAACCAGACAUACCUCAUUACAAGCUUUUGAUUUUGUUUGUCCGAGGGGAAUCCUGCAACUCAGUUUGGUAGCAGAUAUCUACAGACAAUUGUGCUGAGACUUUGUAUUUACAAUUAAUUUAAUUAAAGUUCAAUUUGGACGAUAGACGAAUGGUUAACUUUGUGACGUCACUCUAAAUCCAACAUGGCGACAUGUUUAAGAUGGCGGACUAGUUAUUUUGAUGAAUGUUAUUGCCUUCUUAAAUUUAAUUUUUCACAAUGUCUUGCUGUCGCAGUGUCUUAUUCAAAUACCAGUGUAGUAUAAGAAAAAAAAUCUGUUACGGACAAUAAUCCCAGGAUGUGCAAAGUCAACAAUGCCUAAAUAUAAUUAAUUUUACCUAAUUUCUGUGUCAGCUGAAAAACCUAAGCUGAGUCAGCUGUGCUGAACUUAUGGCUUUUAAUUACUACUACGUGUUCCCACGUUAUCAACCCAUAAUCGACUCGCUGCUGAACUCGAGUCUCCUCUCAGAAUGAGAGGGGUUAGGCCAAUAGUCCACCACUGGCCCUAUGGCAGACUCGGAGGCAGAGACCAUAUCCACUGGGCUAUCACGGCUAUCAAUCACAUAUCAUUUGGCUGGUGGGAGGAUUCGGCCGUGGCUAGUUACCACCCUACCGACAAAGACGUACCGCCAAGCGAUUUAGCGUUCCGGUACGAUGUCGUGUAGAAACCGAAAGGGGUGUGGAUUUUCAUCCUCCUAAUAACAAGUUAGCCCGCUUCCAUCUUAGACUGCAUCAUCACUUACCAUCAGGUGAGAUUGUAGUCAAGGGCUAACUUGUAAAGAAUUAAAAAAAAUAUAUCACGUGUUCCCACACGUAGUAGUAAUGAAAAGCCUUCCAAUUUUUUCAAGGGUUUUUGUCUGAUGCAACAAAAACAGGCAAAAAUUUACAUUGAUCAUUGGGUUCAAAUUAACAUUGAAUAUAACAGGUUUAUUGGAUUUUUAAUUUACAACAACAACUUUUGUACAUUACUACAACAUUAUUUGUUACUGACAACAAAACUGGUGAAAAAAAAUGCCAAUCAUUGACAAUUUUACUGACAUCUACUACCCGAGUACUAUGAUCAAUAUUGACUUUGACCAUCCUUCAGUGUUUACACGUAACAUAAUAGCUUGAUAGUUUAAUUAAGCGACUAUAGUUAACUAAUUUGUAUACGAGCUGUGAUACGUUGUUGUACCACUACCAUUUUUAACUUUUUUUUAAAUAAAUAAGCAUUUUAAAUACAUAUACCAAUUAUCAAGUACAAACAAAUAUAAAUGUUUUAAGUAUCAUUAAAUAUUUUAAUAUAG